AUGCCCUGGUCAGAUGCCCACACUGUGGCGAGAGGAAACGACGCUCCAUCUACUUUUCCACUGUGCCUUCGCACAGGAAGUCUGGAGACUUGUGCCUUGCGCCCAAACCUUGGACGUUCCAGGUUUCCAGACCCUGAGAAAGGGAGUGGAGGAGACGAGGAAGCUCAUAUGUUUACCACCCACAGGCGUGGGAUCGGGACCAAUAUCAGCUUGGGUUCUAUGGGCUCUCUGGAAAAGCAGGAACCAAAAGAUCUUCAACGGGAAGAACGCCAAUUCACACCGGAGGAAACCACUACGCAGGCGAUUUCCAAUGCCAGAGAAUGGCAAUCGGCGCAAUUGGGAAUCGAGAACAAGCACAGUUUCUUAACAAGUCCCUGCUAA